AUGGUGCUACGAAAUCAUCCUAUAGGCGGCUCCUACGUCGUCGUCUCGCUGGACCCUGUGGCGAGCCUCGCAUGGCUCGAUGAUCCUAUCUCCUUCGAAGAGUCGUGCAACAUGCAGUGUGGCAAGUACAUCGCGUACUUGACCGAGCCCUGGUCGGAAGAUGACUACGUCGACCGCGUCGCCGGCUAUGUACCCUGCUCCCUCGUCCUCGUCGCGCAGGGCCGACCCCCCACCAACCCCUCCGCGCUCUACAACCAAGCCGCCGCCAUGCCCAUCCUCCCCAACACCUCCAGCGAGCUCGGCCGGCGCCCCGUCCACGCCUACCCCUCCCUCCCCUGGGACGAUUGCUGCCACACAUCGCCGCUCAGCAUUCGCUCCGCCUACUGCAAACCGCGCAUCUCGAACGAAGAGCCCGAGUCUAUGUUGGUGGGGGCGAACGAGGAGGCGCUGCUGGAGGCGUAUCUGGGGAUGGACGACAUCUACCUCUGGAACCGCCUGCACGACCGGGAGAAGGGGCGCGAGGUGGUGUUCCCGCCGGACGAGCCGCGCGUGGUGAGGGCGAUUGAGGGCGCGGACAAGGAUUACAAGGACGCGGAGCGCUGGCGGCGCUUCAUGCUGGAUAGCAAGGUGUAUGAGGGGGAGGAGCGUGAUGAAGACGCUGCGUCCGAAGCGGACGAGGAGGACUACCAUGCGCCGUCGUCUCGCACGCCGGAGGCCCCGGUCCUCGCGUUCCCCUCCCGGAACGCGGCGCAGCGCGUCAUGGUGCGCUACAGCUACGAUCUGUCGUCGUUUGAGAGUCCGCCCGACCCGGUCGGAUUCUUGAGGGAGCUCGACGAGAUGAAAAGAAUUGCCACGGACUGCCGCGACCGCUGGAACCAGCAGGUUGUCGAAGUCGAGCAGAAGAACGCGCAGUUCAUCGCCGCGCUCGAGGCCCAGGGCGUGCGCAUCACCCCAAGAAAACCCAGCUGCCUCCGGCGCUGCUUCCAGCGCGUCCGCAGGCUUGCCCGUGCGGCUGUCUUUUGGCGCAAACGGGUCUCGCCGGUGAAGGAGAAGGGUCGUCGAGGAGGUGAACACAUCCCCUCCGGUGCCUUGUCUCCUCGCGCGUCGUCCUCCUUCAGCGACUGGUAA